UUGGUUCACCACUUUAGUCACAGAAAUUGCAAAUUUUAGUCUUUAUUUUGAUCUGAUUUGCCAAAAGUAAAAAAUAAAAAUGAAAUAAAAUAGAAAAAACAUGAAAACGAAAACAAAAACACAAAACAUGCCUAAAAAUUCUUCCUUUCUCGCUGUGAGCGUGUCUGCAAAUUUUGUUUGUGAAGGGAAAUUCUUCAUGACUUUUCCAGCUUAACGCCUGGACUUCCAUUCACGGCCAAUGCAAUUGAUUGGAUCUGGUCGAAAUUAAUGACCCUUUCAUUAUUUUAUUCAUAUAGUGAAAAGGGCAUUCCUUUUCAUCCCUUUUUGUGCAUUUGCAUCAGGGUUUUCAGGAUUUUUUUUUUUUUUUUUGUAUUAAUGUUUGACUUUUUGAUUGAUAUGGGGUUGUGGUGAUUUGUGUAGCUCCUUUUGAAGAAUUGUUUUGAUUGGUUCUUUCUUUGUGGGGUUGUCUUUACAAGUGAUCUGAUUCCAUGAAUUGCCCUAUUUAGGCAAAGUAAAUUCUGGGUUUUGUUUGGUUUGGUUUGUUGAGUUUGAUUGCAGUUUCAACUUUUCAUUGAUUUUUUUUGAGGUUGAGGGUGAUAUCUGAAAUAUUGUACAUACCUGUUGUCGGUUGGACCAUUACAGGGGUUUGUUGAUUGAAAAUUAAAUUGGAUUGGUCCCAGGUUUUCUAAAAUUGAAGGUUUCAUUGUGGGCUUUUUUUUUUUAUGUAAUGAAGAAAGUUUAUGAGGCUUUUGCUUGCUUUGUGGGCUUUAGGUCUCGAUGAAAUGAAAAGGUCUGUGUUUGAUUGUAAAGAUAAUUCAAGGGCAAAUGGGUGUGAUGAGAGCAGGUUGUUUCAUUUUUUUGGUAGUUCUACUUUGUGGAUCAUUAAUGAUCACCUCAGACUACAUGACGAGGAGCGAGGAAAUGUUUCUCAACAGAUUAAUUAAUCCGGAGACUGGAGAGGUGGACAAUGAACUGGCAGAGCUACUAUGGAUCAGUUGCGGAGAGGACUUGAUCACUUGGGGGAUCUUAUUGAGGAUCUCAACGUAUGCCUUCUAGAAGAAACACCUGGUAGCACCAACGAAAUCAAGCCAAAAAGUCAGUCAUCGGUAGAAGGGAACAUUCAGAAAUUGAAUAAUGUGCUGCAUCCCUGCUUGAAGCGAACUCUUUUGCAAUGUAUAAGAAAGAAUACCAGGUAUCUUGAGUUCUUACUUCCGAGGCCUGAUGCUCCUAGGCAGAAACUGGACCCUCAAUCACAUCGGAGAAUUGCUGAAUCUGUUGCCAAUCCCCUGGGUCCAUCUCAUGUCCUUGCCCCCGGCCACAUCCCAUCACAAGUUUCUAAUAGUUUGCCUCGUACUUCAACCUCAUCAGAGCCAUUUUCCCCAGUUGAUUAUAAUCAACCACUUCUUGUUGUUGAAAGAUCUUCUAAGAAGUCUGGUUCUGGUAAAAAGAGUGAUAAUGAUAAUACUAUUAUCGUUGCUGUAGUUGUGACAGCAGCGGUGACAUUUUUUCUUGCAGCAUUGCUCUUUUUCUGCUGUGGUAGGUUAAGGAAUGGUGGAGAUAUAUGGAAUGAUGAGAGACCCCUUCUCAGUGUAAGCAUGAGCGACUACUCCAUGGGAAAUGCAUUUAAAGAAGAGAAGCUCGGUCAUCAAUCACUGGAUGAAAAAUUUGCAGCGCUAGAAGCCAUUGGCCGUGCUGCCAAAUCCUCUGAUGAUUCGCUAAACACAUCUAACAAUAUAAAUGGACAGGUGUUACCACCUUUGAAGCCUCCCCCUGGAAGGACUGAUGUCGCCCAUCUUGGAAUGCCUCCCCUGAAGCCACCUCCUGGCAGGGCACAACCUCUCCCUCCUGAACCACCUCCUUCUCUGAGGCCUCCUGCUCCUCCUCCUCCCCCUCCCCCUCCUCCUCCAGCUCUUAUAAAAUCUUCUGAGUCCACUGGCCCUUCUGCCCCUACACCACCACCAGGACCACCACCUAAAGCUCCUGGUGUGAGACCAGGUCCACCACCUCCUCCACCACCUAAAGCUCCUGGUGUGAGACCAGGUGCACCACCACCUCCAAUUCCAAAGGGUGGUCCUGCUCCUCCUCAACCACCACCACGGAUUGGUUCAAAAGCCCCUCGGCCACCUUCUGGACGAAAACAUCCAUCUUCCAGUGAAGGUGCUGGCACAGAGGAUUAUGGUGAUGCUCCUAAAACCAAGUUGAAGCCAUUUUUCUGGGAUAAAGUUCUAGCCAAUCCAGACAAUUCAAUGGUUUGGCAUCAGAUUAAAGCAGGAUCAUUCCAGUUCAAUGAGGAGAUGAUAGAAACUUUGUUUGGGUAUGCACCCAAUGAUAAAAGGAAAAUUGAAGGCAAGAGGGACUCUUCUGGAGAUCAGGCUCCCCAGUAUAUUCAGAUUGUUGAUGCCAAAAAGGCACAAAACUUAGCAAUUAUGUUGCGGGCAUUAAAUGUGACAAUGGAAGAAGUACGGGAUGCACUUCUUGAAGGGAAUGAACUUCCUGCGGAAUUUCUUCAAACUUUGUUAAAGAUGGCACCAACUGCAGAUGAAGAGCUGAAGCUCAGGUUGUUUAGUGGUGAACUUUCUCAACUUGGGCCUGCUGAGCAGUUUCUUAAAGCCAUGGUUGACAUUCCAUAUGCUUUUAAACGAAUGGAAGCAUUGCUUUUCAUGCGCUCUCUUCAGGAGGAAGUUGCUAAUUUGAUGGAGUCCUUUGAAACUCUGGAGGUUGGUUGUAAGGAACUCCGAAGUAGCCGACUAUUCCUGAAGCUGCUAGAAGCUGUUCUUAAAACUGGCAAUCGCAUGAAUAGUGGCACUUUCCGUGGUGGUGCACAAGCAUUCAAACUUGAUACACUUUUGAAAUUAUCAGAUGUAAAAGGAGUAGAUGGCAAGACCACACUAUUGCAUUUUGUUGUUCAGGAGAUAAUCCGUACUGAAGGUAUCAAAGCUGCUCGUGCAGCAAGAGGAGAGAGCAAGAGCUCCAACAGUUUCAAUAUAGAUGAUUUUCAGGAAAUAUCGAAUGAUGAUGAUAUGCACUACCGUAGCCUUGGUCUUCAAGUAGUUUCGAAUUUGAGCAAUGAACUUAAAAAUGUGAAGAAAGCAGCAGCUAUAGAUGCUGACAACUUAACUGGGACUGUAGCUAAACUUGGCCAUUCAUUAUUAAAAUCCAAAGAUUUCCUGAUUUCAGAUAUGAAGAAUUCAGAGGAAAUUAGUGGAUUCCAUGAUAAGUUAAAAAGCUUUGUUCAGAAAGCUGAGGUUGAUGUCAUGCGGUUGUUGGAGGAAGAAAAGAGAAUUAUGGACCUGGUGAAGAGCACUGGUGAUUAUUUCCAUGGGAAGGCGGGGAAGGAUGAGGGUAUACGUUUGUUUGUAAUAGUAAGGGACUUGAUAAUUUUAGACAAGGUGUGCAAAGAGGUGCGUGAGGUACAAAAGAAAUCUGCGAAAACACACAAAAAAGAGGGAUCUACUGGAUCGUCUUCCUCUGAUCCCAGCCAGCAACAAAUGCACAAAAAUGAGGGAUCUACUGGAUCAUCUUCCUCUGAUCCCAGCCAGCAACAAACACACAACAAAGAGGGAUCUACUGGAUCAUCCUCCUCUGAUCCCAGCCAGCAACAUACACACAACAAAGAGGAAUCUACUGGAUCAUCUUCCUCUGACCCCAGCGAGCAACAAACACACAAAAAUGAGGGAUCUACUGGAUCAUCUUCCUCUGAUCCCAGCCAGCAACAAACACACAGAAAAAAGGAAUCUACUGUAUCAUCUUCCUCUAAUCCCAGCCAGAAACCAUCUCCGGAUCCUCGCCAGCGUCUAUUCCCAGCAAUUGCUGGGCAACGUAUGAAUGAUUCUAGUUCAGAUUCUAGUUCAGAUGAAGAGGAAUAAUUUUCUAUGGGAGGUAUUGCCAUUUUUCACAUCGUCAAGCAAAUUUUGUUCCUCAAAAUUCUAAUAUUGGAAGAUAAACUACAAGGCAGGGAAGUCUUCUGAUACUGCCCCAUAGCUUCUACUUCUUCCAAAUUCUAAAAAGUAUAUCCUGGUCUAUUGAUUUAUCCAGGCUACUGUCACGAUGAAGUUCGACAAAUGAUAAAUGUUGCCCCAGGGCUUCUGGAGUUGUCAUUUGCUCUGGUGGAAACAAUUCAUGCGAAAAUCAGUAAAAAGGUGAUCAAGCCUAUGGUGAAUUCAUGAACUUGUCAGAGUUGAAAUUUCAUCACAACAGAAACCGGGGGGAAGAAUUAGCUGAGGAUAGAUUCAUUGUUUUACCCUGAGUUGUGUUUCAUAGAGUCUUAACUUUGUGCAUUAGUAGUUAGAUAUACAAGUGAUAUUCUUGUUUUUGUUCAUGUAAUUCUUUUUGUACAAGAAUUAUGUAUAUUAGGAAGAUUUUUUCAUCUGAUCUAAUUCAUGGGAUGCUGAGGUGGAUAAACAUUUUGUAGGUUUUUUUUUUUUUGUCAGUUGUACUUACUUGGAGAGGCAACAUAUUGCAGUUGCUUUUGACAAUAACUGAUUUUCAGUUGUAAUUGGUUAGUGAGGCAACAUUAACAGAUGGAAUCUGCUAUGUUCCUGGAUUAUUUUAUAUCAAACUCUUAUUUGUUUAA